GGGCGUGUAGCGAGCAUGGCGCCCUUGGAUUUCUGCCAGAGCACAGAGCACUGUGCUGCCGGUGCCGCUGCCAUGCGGUCCGCCGUCUCUGCGACUCUCGCGCUGUGUCUUCUGCUCUGUUUGGGACAUUUUUUGGACAGAUGCGACGCGACAUCUUCCUACACGGCCUCUCCUCGCUUGCAGUUCCAACCAAACCACUUCUAUGAUGUGGCCAGGAAGAUGGAGAAAUUGCUCACAGUGGGAACUGACCAUUCCGAUGCCAAAUACGACGUGUUCGAACCCCACUUCGAAACGCCGCCAUCGCAUCAACGGCGUCGGAGGCGCCGUAGGAGGCGACGCCAUCCACCGGACGCCGAAUUGGGCGUCGAGGUGCAGGCAUUCGGACAGAACCUCCGCUUGGCCCUGGAGCACACGAGGGCCCUUCUAUCACGUGACUUUCAGCUCCUGGAGGUGGGGACAUCGGGAAAACGAAGACGAAGAGCGGCGACCAACAUGCAAGCCGACGCAGAUUGCUUUUAUCAGGGAUACGUACGAGGAAUUCCUCGUAGUAGAGUGGCCCUGUCUAUCUGCAACGGCCUGAGAGGGCUUAUAGAGGUACCCAACGCUUCUUACUUGGUGUACCCACUGCCUCCCGAGCGGCAAGGUGCCAACAGCACACAUCAGCCUCAUAUCAUCGUUCAACAGGAUCAGCGGGAAAGGAGGUUCUGCGGGCAUUAUGGUAAAACUCACGAAAAUUCGAACACAGAGAGGUACCCUCCGGUGUACAACUCGCGGCAGCGGAGACGUGCGAGGAGAAGGGUACACCGUGAUACUAAAGCCGUCAUCGAAACAGCUGUGUUCGUUGAUCAGGCAUUGUACACUGCCAUGGCCAGGGCGUUCCCGGUCAAUACUGACCAGGAGUUGGUCACUUUCGUACUCACCAUACUGAAUGCGGUACAAAUGCUUUUCAAGCACGAUUCACUAGGAAGGAACAUCGACAUCACUGUCGUUGAGCUGGAGAUUCUUAAAUUACAACCGAAGGACCUGGUUCCUUCAGAAAACAUCGACACUUACCUCACAAACUUCUGCGUCUGGCAACAUCAUCGUCGGAAAUCUUCAAUCUUAGGAUCCUCUCGGUGGGAUCACGCACUACUCUUGUCAGGUAUCAACAUGUUCGUAGUCGACGAAAAGGGGAUGAGGAAAAGACACGUCGUAGGUCUUGCCCCAGUGAGCGGCAUGUGCAAUUCACUCAAUAGCUGCACAAUCAGCGAAGGAACAAGUUUCCAAAGCGUCUAUGUUGCUAGUCAUGAAAUGGGACACAGCUUGGGCAUGGAACACGACGGGAAACAAGAUGGUAACCCGUGUGACGUCGAUAAUUACGUCAUGUCGCCAACCUUGGGGGCUGGAAAAACAACCUGGUCCCCAUGUUCCAGACAGUACAUGGAGAAAUUUCUAAGGUCUCAAGCAGCGCACUGCGUCUUUAAGCAAGGAAGUCCCGUUAACCUCCUGGGCAGAACAACCCAAAGGCUUCCAGGUGAACAGUUCACGCCAGACCAGCAGUGUUCCCUGAGGUUUGGAACAACGAGCCGACAUUCGCCUCACCAACCGCUUGAGGAAAUGUGCCGCAUGCUUCGAUGUGACACGAACCGAGACUUGACACCAGUAUCGUACGCUGCGCAUCCCGCGCUGGAAGGGACACCAUGCGGUCGCAGCAAGUGGUGUCGCGGAGGCAAAUGCGUCUCGAAGCAAGAGCUGGAGCGCCGUUCCAGGGAGCCUCCCAUCCACGGCGGCUGGAGCUCCUGGACCGCAUUUGGGCCCUGCCGUUCAGACUGCGUCAUUCGAGGAGAUUUCGCGUCCGUCGGUGUGCGGGUGUCGCGACGCAGAUGCGACGAUCCCAGGCCACAGAAUGGCGGCAAGUACUGUGAAGGAUCCGACAAGAGGGUUCAGAUAUGCGACGCGUCACAGGUCUGUCCAGCUUCUCGACCGAAGCAAGUUCUCGAAGACUUCAUGCUGUCCAUUUGCAGACAGGCAUCUCUCCGCGACAACACAAUAGAACCUCUGGGAACUCAAUUCCCUAGCAGAGACAACUCACAUUCGUGCUACGUCUGGUGCCAUAAGCAAAAUGGAGGCUACAUGACUCACGGAUGGCGUAUUCCGGACGGAACGCCAUGUUGGACUUAUGGCCAACGCGGCAACAGAUACUGCGUUGACGGAGAAUGUCAGGGGUUCGAUUGCAACGGUCGAAGCACCGAGGACGAAUUCCUGGAAGAGUGCGUUCGGACCUCAGCGGCUAUGGUUCGGGCUCCAGCAGGAUGGGGCCCAUGGCAUACCGUUAGCGAAUGUCGACAUUCCUGCUUACUAGGCGGUACAGGCUUCCAGCUUGUUGCCAGGGAAUGUAAUUCAAUCCCACGCUGCAGAGGCAAACGCGAAACGUUCAAGCUUUGCGACUCGACAGCUAAGUGUUCCAACAUGAUAUCAGCUGACCAGUACGCCACGAAAGUAUGUGGCAAGUACCGCAGGAAGUACCCUAGUCUGUUGAGUGGCAGAGGACGUCAGCUUCCACCACAACCAGGAAAUGAGCACGUGUCAUGUGUAGUAGCAUGCCAGGACAGAGUCUGGAGAGAUACUCAUUAUCAGAUGGAUGUCUUUGAAGAAGGACGGUUUCCCUUUGGCACAGACUGCAGCGGAGGUGAUGGCACAGCCUUUUGCGUAGGCGGCGUCUGCCAGAAAUUCUCGAAAGAAGGAAUUCCCUUGGAGGAUGCAACAGCAAGCAACAGAAUAUCCGGAAGGCUUCAACGUUCAAGAAGAAGUCGUGCCAUUCUACCAGAGGACGUACCGAGAGCGGACAUGCCACUGCAGCCCCUUGUUGAGCCCGACCUACCUUAUUGGUGGCUUCAAUCCAACGACACCUGGGCGAGAGUUAGGCCUUUUUUCUGGAAGGUUCUGCUGUCCGACUGCUCGGCACCAUGUGGAGGAGGGCUAUGCAACGUGACAGUAAACUGUCAAGUAGAUGGAAAAGAGGUAGACAAAGCUCUCUGUGAUCCACGGCUGAGACCGCCAAUUGAUAGUGGGAGCAGUCCUUGCAAUACGCAUCCCUGUACUGGAAGCUGGCACGUGGAGCCCUGGGGUCCCUGUUCACAGUCCUGUGGAUCACACGGUUUUAGGCACCGUCGUGUCGUCUGCAUACAGCCCAUGGGGCAAUCCAUCUUUUCCCUAGUCCAUGACCCCAACUGUCCUCUACCAGAACCUCCAAGAAUUGAAAAGUGCGUCAUGCCACCGUGUCCAACAAACUGAGCUGAGGAGCUCUGCGGUUGAAAACCAAUCUCAGUCCUUACCGUACUCCAAGUAAGAUUCCGCCUCGCAGGGAGCAGCCCUACCGGCAUGAAACACGGCGACGUCGAAUGGAAAGAGAUCAUUUUCGUGGAUUCGUAUAUGGUCCUCGAAUGGUUCCGAGGAGCGUUUCAGCAUGAAUGGCUUAGUCGAUUUUGGUUGAGUAUCCCUUGGGUGUCCAAUCCUCGGUUUCAUUGGAGCGGGGUCACAUAUAAGAUGUCAAAGUACAUCGUGAAACUUAAGUUUGCUGAGCAAACAGCGUCAUCCUGGCCAUCUGUAACUUAUUGUUGUGAUGUUUAUUUUAUUUUGCACGACAUAAAAUAAAAAAAAAUA